AUGGCCAUUAUUAUUGUUACAUUAUGCCAUAGGUUCAUCCUUAGGGCAAAGGCUCUACUCGGUUUGGUUGGAGCUGCUUGUCGGGCAUCCACGAUCCACGAGUUCUGGCGAGAGUUGAAGGCAUGCUCCCCAUGGCCAGUAGACCACCAGCUUCGGGCCUCCCACCCACAGCAGCUGCAUCUGGUUAUAGCAUGCUCCCCAUGGCCAGUAGACCACCAGCUUCGGGCCUCCCACCCACAGCAGCUGCAUCUGGUUAUACACAUGAAAAACACCCAACACCUCAUUCUGGCUGCCAGGCAUGUGAGGAGUGAGUGGGCACAGCCCAUCCCACAAUCACGUGUACAUCACCUAGGCAUGCAUGGGGCCAUGGGCAUGUUUUGCUGGGCACACAGGUAUUUAGGCAUGGCUGGGCGGUUGUUGGGGCAAGGAUCUUAUUCUCAAUAUUUAUGGGUGCUAACCAUGCCCUAA